CUGAAGGGUGAAAGUUCAUCUUUGAAUUAAAGGUCAUUACAAGCAGAUUCAGAAGACGAUACUUUCGGUUCUUUCUGGAAAGUGAAAUGAUGUAUGUGCUUUCGCUGCUCGUGUUAUCGUGCACCUCCGUGUACUCGCAGGAGACUUUUGGGGGUGCCUAUAAACCCCCGCAGCCAGCAGGUGGCCUGCAUUUCUCUGAAUCCUUUCACUCCAGCACCAUUGAGGACAGCAAAUGGGUGACGUCCAAAGCAAGAAAAAAGGAUGAUGAUGACAAUGAGGUGAAAUAUGACGGACUGUGGGCUUUGGAGGAACCAGUGGAACAGAAGCUACCCGGGGAUAAAGGACUUGUCCUGAAAUCCAGAGCGAGGCUCCAUGCCAUAGCUGCCCCUCUGGAUAGAGUCUUUCACUUCCAUGAUCAGCCACUCAUAGUGCAAUAUGAGGUCACCUUUCAGAAGGGGAUAGACUGCGGAGGGGCCUACAUAAAGCUCCUGUCUCACAGCAACCAGCUCGAUUUGACUCAGUUCCACGACACAACCCCAUUCUCCAUCAUGUUUGGCCCAGACAAGUGCGGAGAGGAUGACAAACUACACUUCAUCUUCCGACACAGAAACCCUGUGACAGGACUGUAUGAGGAGAAGCACGCCAAGAAACCUGACGUUGACCUGAGAGACUACUACACUGACCACAAGCCACACCUGUACACUCUCUAUUUACACCCAGACAACAACUACGAAAUCCUAAUUGACCAAUCAGUGGUCAGCAAGGGCAGCCUUCUAAAGGACAUGACCCCUCCUGUGACCCCUCCCAGGGAGAUUGAGGACCCUGCUGACACCAAGCCCAAUGAGUGGGACGAUCGAAUCCACAUCCCAGACCCCACUGUCCAGAAACCCCAUGACUGGGAUGAGGAUGCACCUCCUCAGAUCCCAGACCCUAUGGCUGUGAGACCCCCUGGCUGGCUGGCGGAGGAGCAGCCGUUCAUCCCUGACCCCGAUUCAGAGAAGCCGGACGAUUGGGAGGAGGAGAUGGAUGGUGAGUGGGAGGCACCUAAGAUCCCUAACCCCGCUUGCAAGGACGCUGUUGGCUGUGGGAAAUGGACUCCUCCUCUAGUCUCCAACCCCGCCCACAAGGGGAAGUGGAAGCCACCAGUGAUUGCCAAUCCCAACUACCAGGGGGUGUGGAAGGCCCGAGUGAUUCCAAACCCCGGUUAUUUUGAGGACCCCCACCCCUUUCGCAUGGACCCCAUCGGGGCUGUGGGUCUGGAGCUCUGGUCCCUGACUCCUGACCUCCUGUUUGACAACUUCCUGGUGUGCUCUGAGAAGAGCCUGGCUGAUCGCUGGACUGCAGAGUCCUGGGGGCAGAAGCAGGCAGCGUAUGAUGCAGAUGCGCCGGGUGUCGUGUUGAAGCUCUUUGCAGCCACAGAGAAGAGGCCCUGGCUUUGGGGGGUGUACGUAUUCACAGUGGCUCUGCCUGUCGUCUUGAUAAUCAGCUUCUGCUGGCCAGACAAGAGGUUCGGUCCUCCUGAUCAGGACUAUUUCUAUAAGAAGACAGAUGAUCCACAGCUGGAUGAUUCUGUGGAUCCGGAGGAGGGCUCCAAGUCUUCAGCCCAGGGCACAAAAGCAAUGGGAAGUAAAGAUAAUAAUGGAACUAAAACAGAUGACAUCAAGAGACCAUCAAAAGCAGACCUGGAAGUAAAAGACCAGGUUCAAUCUAGAAGAGGAAGGUCCUGAAGAAGUGAUCUUCUCUGCCUACCUUAACUAUAUUGUAAGAACAAUGCCCACUAGCCUGGGUAUAUCAUGGGAUAUUAAAAGAGGUAUACAUGCACUCCAACACCCCCCAGGAGAUCACCUAUGAUACUGAGCCACAUUCCAAGCACACUUUAAGAUACUGCCUUAACAGAUCAUACACAGCUGUUUUCUAUUGAAUAUCUUUUUUUUUUUUCAAUUUAAUUCCAUUACCAGUAAAAAUGAACUGUUUCAUUGCUACAUUGAUAUAAGCAUUGGUCAUAUCAAUGACACAAAUAUUUUCACGUACUUUUCCCCUUAUGGCAAGACCUUGGGUUGCUUGUACACAAAACAAUCUAAUUUCUAAUUUUGACUGACUCCGAUUUUUUUAAAUUUUUUUUUUAUACAAGUGAGCAUUUCCGUGUUUUCUGUAAAGCGUAGCUCUCUCCUUAUAAAACCUGACAAUUUCAACAACCAAACUUAUGAUAUUUUUAUAAUCAUGCAUGAAACAGAUUAUUUACAAUCUCAAAUAAAUAAAAUAAACAUGCUCACAUUUCUUUAUAACACUUUAUUUUUUCCAUUUUCUUUUAAAACAGGGGUUAAAUAACCAAAAAAACCUUUUUUUUUUUAUUAAAGUGCAGUAAACACAAACGUAUCUUCACUAACAGUGAACUGAAUGGGGAAUUUGAGUGAGUGAUGAUAACUUCAGCGGAUUACCUGGUGAACAGUGGGGUUGGACUUCAGCUUCUCUAUGCACAGUUCUCAUUAGAAACACUGUCAAUUCCCCAGUGUAAAAUGACAUGCACAUCAAAUUCUUACUGAAGUGAUUAAAGGUCAAUGCAAACUACAGCUCAACCACUGAGGCGGGGGAAAUAACUUGACCUCCACAAGCCUCAGUCCCUCUCCAGGUUCAAACACAAGCCCUUACGAUAUACACAUGGAUGUAGUAGUAGCUGGGCUGCCCAGAAUGUAUUUGUUAAAAAAAAAAAAAGUAAGACAUGAAAUUAACUGAAAUUAACUGAACUUUUAAAGUGUUUUAUAAAUGAAUAGUUUUAAGAAUUUCUACCUGACACAAACCAGCCUUUGAAAGAUUAGCUUGGUGUUAGUUUUUUUUCCCCCCAUUUUCUUUCAGAACAGGGAUUUUUUUUAAGUGCAUUUAACACAAACGUACCUUUACUAACAGCGAAUUGAAUGGGGCCUUUGAGCAUGUGAUGAUAACUUCAGUGGAUUACCUGGAUUUAUCAUUUAAAUUAUAGCCAUAAGAGGUCUUAACGAUUAGUAAAUGAAUCACGUGGAUUGCUGCUACCAUCAAGGAAAAGGGGGUUGGAGGCAAUAUAGUCAAUAUAUAAAAAAAUUAAAGCUAAAGAAAUAAAUAAUACAUGCUUCUUAAAAAAAGCACUACUCUUCCAUUGACUGAUGUAGAGAAGAGGAACUUCACAGAACACAUUAGAGAACUAGGAUCCUCAACAUGAGAAUGUCAGUCUCUCUCUCUGUUUUUUGAGCAGCUGCACUUUCAGGAUUGGGGCUCACAUGAGUAGUACGGCCAUCAGUGCAUGUUCUGCAAUGGCCUUUGAUGUAAAUUUCAGAUUCCAUUGUCCUGGACGCAGCUCACCAUUUUCUUUCAUCUGCACGUCGGGCACAGAUGGGUUCCUGCCUUUUCAGUGUGUUUUCAUGUAUUAAUCUAUUUAGCUCAGUGGGAUUGGAUUUCUAUUUUUCUAAUAUAUAUAUAUAUAUAUAUAUAUAUAUAUAUAUAUAUAUAUAUAUAUA